UUAAAAAUUAAAUGUUUAAAAAGUUUUGAAAAAUUUUCUAAUAAUUUGGUUAAUAGCUUUUGUGAUGCCCUUAAAAACACUAUAAAUACGUAAUAUUUUAAGAUAAUAUAUUAUAUUAUCAGAGAUUCUAAAGUGCAACAAAAAUUAUUAUUUUGAUGAAAUUUUGUAAAAAUAAUAGUCUAGGAUUUAAACAAAAUGCUUGAUACUUUUUUAAACAUUUGAAAGAUUGAUAGAUUAGUCAACUCAUUUUGAAUUAAAUGGUACAUAAAAGGAGAAAAUCAAAUCUUUACACUAUAAUUAUGUGUAUUAUGUACGUGUGUGUAUAUUUCGUGUGUAGAAAUAUUUAAUACGAAAUGUAUAAGCUGAGCAUGUGGACAUUUGUAGGAGUUUACUGUGACUGCGAUAUUUGAGAAGUGUAUCGCACAAAUAUUAUUUUGUUAUAAUAUCAGAAAGAUUUUGUUGAUCAUUUUAUGUUGAAAAUGUUAGAAUAUUAUGUUUUUUAAUCUGCAUUUUUAAGCUAAUUAUAUCAGGUUUUUUUGUAUUGCUAUUUUUUGUUUUGCUAUUUAAAAUCUAAAUGAUUUUAUGACCAAGCUAACGGUACUGCAGAUAAUAAUUUUUUGUUUAUACUUAUCUGUUGUAAGUACUUUAUAAGGAUAACUUGUAAAAGUUUUAAAAGAAAUAUCAAUUUUCAAAUUCAUCUCUUAAUAGUUGAAUGUUCUUUUAUAUAAAACAAUGACUUUGAUAGGCUUUUCAUUCUUUUUAUGUUUUUUUUCUGAAAUAAGCAAUGUUUAGAAUGAAAUAUUUUUUAUGUAUACAUUUCAUACUUUUCAUUGUGUACAUUUGCAAUUGUAAUUAUUCAUUUUUAACUCAUAUCGUUUAUUAUACUCGACGUCAUAAAAUGUAAAGACAUUUCUGUGACACCGAAUAUUAUUACAAGUUGAAUCAAAUGAAGAUUAAAUGGAAUUAUUUAAGAACUAUUUUGAUGAGACAAAUAUCACAAAUUGUUAUCGAAACGAAACGAAAUUUUUCUUCAUUAUAAAUUAAAAUUUUUAUUAAUAAGCUAUGAUGAUAUCUGUAAAUGUAUUAUUACGCAUUCUAAUAUAAAUGACAUAUCCACGAUAUUGAUGUGAUAAUAGUAGUAGUGAUAGCAUGAUAGGUGUUUUCGCGUCCCCUCUUUUUCUGCGACGAUAAGCUCCUCUCUUCUACGCAUCCGCAUUUAUAAAUUGUCCGUCUCGUCUGACGGAGCCAUACGUUGUUCGCUAUCCACACGUUCGCGAUGGAAUUAUUUUCAUCUUUACUUUCAUCGCCCUUUGGAUUAUUACUGGCUACUUUGGUCAUUCUUGGAGUUUUGAAAUUUGUCGCGGUAGUGCGUCAUGUAUAUUUUUAUUGGAAGGAAAAGGGUGUUCCUUAUCAACCCAAUUCAUUAUGGUCUUUCAUUACGAGUUGGAAAAUACUGCUGCGCCGUAUGACUUUUGCCGACUAUAGUAUUUACCUGUACAAUUACUUCCCGGACGCGAAGUAUUAUGGAACGUUUGAUAUGGGCACACUUGCCGUGCUUCUGCGCGAUCCUGAAGUGAUUAAGGAUGUGCUGGUAAAGGAGUUUGAACAUUUCCAUGAUCAUCGUGCCUUCGUGGACGAUACGGUAGAUCCGUUAUUCGGUAAGAACAUCUUCUCCUUGCGUGGAGAUCGCUGGAAAGAAAUGAGAAACACUCUAAGUCCCUCUUUCACCGCCAGCAAGAUGAAGGUCAUGUGCGAAUUAGUAUCAAAGUGUGCUGAUGACUUCGUCAAUUAUCUGGUUGACCAUCCAGAACUCUGCGUUGAAGUCGAGACAAAGGACAUUUUUAGACGUUACACUACUGACGUAAUUGCCACAUCAGCUUUUGGCAUAAGCGUGAAUUCUAUGAAAGAUCAAACCAACGAAUUCUACAUGAGGGGAAUAGAAACCAGUCAAGCUUUCAAUGGAGUACUAGCUAUGUUUAAGUUUAUGAUUAUGGCUGCAUUUCCGCGCAUUGCCAGGUGGCUCGGUUUGAGCGGAUUUGUCUCACCGUCUACGUCUGAGUUUUUUAAGAGGAUUGUAGGAGAAACUAUCAAAACACGAGAGGAACAAGGUAUCGUCCGGCCGGAUAUGAUCCACUUACUAAUGCAGGCUCGGGACAAGACCGGUGAUAACAGUCCAAAGAUGACGUUGGAAGAUAUCGUUUCGCAAGCUUUUAUCUUUUUUAUAGCCGGUUUUGAAACAUCUUCGGUACUGAUGUGUUUUGUCGCGCACGAGCUGGCGGUUAAUCAAGACAUUCAAGAUCGCUUGCGCGAGGAAGUGCUGCAGCAUCUUGACGAAGGAAACGAUGUAUCUUAUGAAUCGCUGUCGAAAAUGACUUACAUGGAUAUGGUGAUUUCCGAGGCCCUCCGAAAGUAUCCGCCAGUGUUAUUCACUGAUAGACUUUGCACUCAAAAUUCCGAACUGCCUCCACCGCAAUCAGGUUGCAAGAGCGUAAUCAUUAAAUCUGAUAUGAUGAUGAUGAUACCUGUAUAUGCUUUACAUCAUGAUCCCAAGUAUUAUCCGAAUCCGGACAAGUUCGAUCCUGAAAGAUUCAGCGAAGAAAAUAAAGACAACGUUGUUCCGUAUACCUACUUACCUUUUGGAGAGGGACCUAGAAAAUGUAUCGGCAAUCGAUUUGCUCUCAUGGAGACGAAAAUUCUAAUUGCACGUCUUUUACAAAAAUUUAUUCUGAAGAAAACGAAAAAAACUGUAGAUCCUGUUGUAUUCGAUAAGAAGGACUUUAACUUAAAACCUGUAGGUGGAUUCUGGAUCGGUUUGGAGAAAAGAGAAUCAUGAUUAGUUUAUGAAAUGCAAUAAUUAUUUCCUUAUAAUUGCAAAGCAGCAUUGACGCACUUAAAAUUUAAUCAUGUAUAAGUUUUUAGAUUUUGAAGAAAGUUUAAUUUUGAACUUCUAUUAUGUCAUUUUAACAUUGUAUGAAUUUUAAAUUAAAUAUUUCAUAUUACAUUUUUA